AUGUCCCUCUCAAACGCGACGGUGAGGAGGGAAGUCUACUUCACGGUCUCUGAUAAAAAUUCUUACACAUGGGUUGCUCAUGUCAACCAAACGGAGCCUGUUAUUAUUUCCCGAGCCCAAAGUGCCAUAGAUGCGUUCGCGACAAAUACUACAACUCUUUUGCUCUGCCUGGCUGGGAAUAUAACCGCAUCAGGACCAGUCGUCUUCACACUACCAGAGGACACUGCAGGAAAAAUCGUGGAUACAUUUUAUCUGUACGGUCAAGAUUUCUUGAUCCAGCAUCCUGCUGCGAGCUUCUAUGCAGUUCCAAAUGGAAAGGAUCAGUGGUAUUCGCUGACUUGGAGCACUGCACCCAAAGAUGACUGGACUCUGAUUUCUUUGAAGACCAUUGGUGUCUGGGCACAGCCUGUGCCACCAGGUGUCGAUGUCAUGGAGUGA